CAUUUCAAGCCGCAGGCGACUUUGAAAUUGUUCUCCCCUCUUUUGGAGACAUAUAUUGCUGCCAGUAUCACGCCCCAUUGCGCUGGACUUGCAAUUGAAGCACAAUUCAGUUGGACAAUUCGAUUCGCACACUUUUGCUUGCUCGCUGGCAUACGCUAGCUCCAUCCUGGACUCGCCAUGGCUCAACGAAACCACCAGACAUCAACUCGACAAGAGAGAUCGUCCGGAUUUGUCCACGACCUCGAAUCAGUCCUUCCCAAAGGCUACCAGUUCCAAACUCACCACCUGUCAACACCGCCAACUGUUUGCGACGCACUAUGUCAGCCUCCUACUUUGCCAUCAGCUGCUGGCUCUGGCAAGCGGCGACCCACAAAACCACCAAAGACAUACUGUGAAAAGCAUUUUUUAGCUAUCUCUGUCGACUCAAAGAGUGGUGAUGCUAGGGACCAAGUGCUCGUGCUCGGCUUAGAGAUAUACUUAUAUACGACUGCAUUUUCGACCAUCAUCUUCGUGGCAAAGGCCGACUCGACAGGAUAUCUCAGCACUCUCGACUUGCCCAAAGGCACACCAUCGCCUAUUCGUGAAGUGACGACUACCUUUGUCAAGUAUUUGGUCAGAACACGACAUCGCAAGGGUACGCAGCUUGUCGUCAAUCUUUUUGCUCGCUCUCAAGAUCAGUAUCUCUUCCCUGGCAGCGUCAAGAACACGAAGAAGCACGUGCUUGACGACAGGGGGCUGAUCAAAUGGUGGUGCCGGGUCGUGAACGGACUGCUCGAAGAUGACUCGGUGCAAAAGGAUCUUAGUGGAGGAUGCAGUCGUGUUCAUGGGCACCUCCUUAUCCCCGGGCUGGACACGUACGAGACGCGUGCGUUCAUCCCUAGAACGGCGACUGCACCGACGAAUUGGACCCUAGCACACCCUCUUGAGCACAUUUCACCAUACGCCGCGAAUCCCAGUGUCUAUGGUUCCAGUAUCCCGCCCAGAUGCUUGAUACCUACAUUUCCAGACGACCCAAAGGCGCGCUUCGUGGAAGAGCUGGAGGAGGCCACGCCUCAAAACCUCAAGACUGCGGGCAGAUGGAGAGGGCCGCAGAACUUAGACGAGUUCUGGGAAAUGAUGGCAUUCAGGCAAGAAUGCUCAAGUGGACGGAUGACAGGCUUCAUCUGGGUCGUGUUUGACCCGGUAUCUCGCCUGAGCCUGACCAGCAAGAUCUUGGCUGGCGAUGAUGGCCAAGAUUCGAAUAAGAAAGGCAAGGGGAGGAAGAAGUCAAAACUACGAGGCCACAUCCGACCACGAGCACCAAAAGUCAAGACGACGCGGGCCAAGUUCCCCAAGAAGACCGAGACAUCUCAUUACACUUGGCCAGAGUCGGGAAGAGGCCAGGUGAUCCUUGACGAAGAUGGAUACAAGCGUGCCGUGGAGUUGCUGUUGCAUCUUGAGUUUAAGGAACUCACGGUGGCGACGACAAGCACCAUGCGCUGGCUGAAGGAGGUCAACGUUGGGAAAGACUGGUCACUACAAAUAACGGGACGGCGAGACCCGGCAGUGGGCCAGGCACCAUCCGAGGCGGGUUCUCAGACAGUCAACAACUUGUCGGGGAUGAUACGGAAGAAGCGGACUGCUGACGCUCCGGCGGAAGAUUCAUCUGCCAAGAUUCUCGAUGCAGGCUUGGUCCGGAAGAAGCCCAAGACCGAAACUGCACCAGAAGCCGUGGCGAGCGGCGGGCCGAUUGGAACUGGGAAUGUCAAUGUUCUCAGCACUGGCCUAGUGAGAAAAAAGCCAAAGACAUCGUAGGAUAAUUACAGACUAAACUGGAUGGAGCAUACUUGAGAGCAUCACAAUGACUCCCGAUUGGCAGUUGAUUUGACUGAGCCCAGGCGGUCUUGAAGAAGGGGUGAGACGCGAUAUUUAAUGCUUAGGACGCGACCUGGCAGGUUGUGGGCUGGAACGCCGCGCGGAAACCUCAAGAGCUCGAAAUAGCCCAAGCAGCGUUUACUUGCCCAUGUCGGGCCGGCCUGGACCCUUGGUCCUUUCCAUGGUCCUUACGCUGUAGUGUGCCAAUAGGCAGGGUUGUGAAGCAGGGCCAGGGUGUGUGGGUUGAGAUGAUUGGCUGAGAGUUGCGGCGGUUACUGGUGCUGGCGGCUAAGGGUCGACGCUUGCCAGUCGUGCGCGCCAAAGCACAACGGAUC